AUGCAAGACCAAGAAAUGUCAUCUGACAGCAGCAAAUAUCCCAACAGCAACAAUGAUUCACCACUCGUGGCCACAUCUGCACAAUCUCUCUCUGGAACCGCUCUCAACAACAACCAAUCUUCCACCACAUCUAGUCAAGCAUUACUUCCUCCUUCCUCAUCAUCACUAAAAACUCAAUGUUCGCCAGCAGACAAAAACUUUGUAUUGGCGGCAAUUGAACCCACGACGACCUCUCCUCAACAACUACGAGAGCUGUUUCCGUGGCAACGACCAGACCAGGUUCCUUUGAAACUCCACAAUCUCAUAGAAAUGUUUCAAAACAUUUGGGAUGGACCAAUCCCAGCCAGCCAAAAUUUGGGAUGGUUCAGGUUAUUUGGGACGAGUUUAUUUCCCCGACACCUAUCGGUUUCAUUAGUUGAAGCCAAUCCCUAA